AUGCUUAUUCAGGUGGCGUUGUCGCUGGAGACGUACGGCUUAACGGUCGAGGCGCAGCAUCUGUACCUAGACCUGAUAGCGAGGGAGCAGAGCGGCGCAGGCACGGCGCACGUGAGCCAGGAUGAGCUAGAGACGUGGGAGGAGAGAUGGAUCGAUUGCACGAGGCAGCUGUCGCAGUGGAGCGUGUUGGUGGACUUCUCGUCAACGCUGCAGUACCCGGAGUUGAUGAUGGAGUCCGCGUGGAAGGCUCGCGCGUGGGACGUGGUCCGUGCUAACAUGGACAGUCCGACGGUGGCGGCGGCGACGGAGGGUGGCUCGCCGUUCUACAAGAUCUACGAAAUUUACUUGUCUAUCGUGGACAACAAGGUGCAGGGGAUGGAGAAGCUGUGCAUGUCUUGCGUGCAGCUGGCGCUCCACCGGUGGCAGCUCUUGCCGAGGGUGCACACGGGUUGCGGCGCGCACAAGCCGCUGCUUCACCUGUUCCACCAGAUGGUUGAGCUGAGAGAAACGGGCAACAUCAUGGCCGACAUGGCCAGGAUGAUGAUGUCGAGCGGCGCCAACGGCCAGAAGCUGAACGGGGGCGCCCUGAUCAACGCGGGCCAGAAAAAGCCUCCCGAGCUGAAGGCGACGCUGUACACGUGGCGGGAGCGGCUGCCGAACAAGUGGGACGCUCUGAAGGACUGGGACGACAUCUUCUGCUGGAGGACCGAGGUGUUCCGCAUCAUCACCUCCAACUUUGCGGACGGGGACCCCGGGCUGCUGGCCAGCCUCCACGACACCCCCUGGACCAUGAUCAAGCUGGCGCACACGGGGAGGAAGCAGGGGCUCAGGGAGGUGUGCCUCAACUCGCUCGGGAAGCUUUACUCGGGGGGGACGAUGGACGUACAGGAUGCCUUCAACAAGCUCCGCGAGCAGAUCAUUAUCUGCCACAAGCAGCCUCGUGAACACCGAGGUGGUCUGAACAUGAUCAACAACACCAACCUGGAGUUCUUCAACUCGAAGCAGAAGGCCGAGCUGUUCCGGCUAAAGGGGGUGUUCUUGACGAGCCUGGGGGCCAAGCAGGAGGCGAACAACGCUUACAGCCACGCUGUUCAGAUCUCCGGAGACUUCGCGAAGGGCUGGUACUCCUGGGCCCGGUACUGCGACGGAAUCUUCGCCGAGCAGACCAAGGUCCACUGCGCGGUGCAGGCGAUGGCGUGCUACCUGCAGGCCAUCAACCACAACUCGGCCGGCGCAAGGCUGAUGAUGUCUCGCGUGCUGUGGCUGCUCAGCCUUGACGACGAAAAGUCCACCCUGGGGAGGACCCUAGAGACCUACGGCCGCACCCUGCCCGAGUGGGUCUGGAUCCCCUGGAUCCCCCAGCUGCUCACCUCUCUCACUAGAAGGGAGGCCCACUACGUGACGACCCUGGUGAAGGCCUUGUCCCAGAGAUACCCGCAAUCGGUGUACUACACCAUGAGGGCGUUCUUGCUGGAGAGGAGGGAGCAGCCGGACAGAGGGGGGAGCUCGACGAACGCCGCGGACAGCAACAAGCUUCCCAAGGCCAUGUCCGUGCGCUUGCCGUCGGGGGGCACGAUGGUGUGUCCCGCGGGCACUCUGAAGAAGCACGCGCGGCAGCUGCAGGCCGGCGAGAUUCAGGCUCUUCCCCCCCCGGGGGUGGACGGGGCCGGACCCGCGAUGGCUCCGACGGGUGCUGGGGCUGCGGCGAUCGCUGACGAGCUCAUGUCGCAGCUUAGAAGAGCGCACUGCGCGCUGGGGGCGGAAAUGGAAACGAUUCUCGAGGAAAUCAUCGUUCACUUCAGACCUGAGCCUGGAGAGGAGCUGCACUCUGCCGUGCACGCGCUGCUCAUCAAGUGCUUCCAGCUGGUGACGUUGCCGAUGGAUGACGUCAUCCCCGUGACCCUCAAGUCCACCCUGGAAAGGGUGUGCCGCAAGUUCUUCAACAGGGACGCGGCCCACAAGUCCCCCAAGCACCAGCGGUUCGUCGAGCUGUAUCAGGCGACUUUCGAGAAGGACUUCGAGGUCACCAACGAGGAGAAGCAGAAAGAGGCGGCUGCAGCGGCGGCGGCGGCGGCGGCUGCCGCCGCAACGCCGGGGGCACCACCGGUGGCGGUGCCGGCUGCAACGGAACCUGAGUCUCGCAUGACCCUGACCAAGGUCGUGUAUCGACUGAAGAAGUGGAAGCACCUCUUGGGGUGCCGAGUGUUCAGGGCGCCCUCGGAGGUGCCGUUGCAGCGGUGUAGCCCCUACCUGGCGCAGGUGCACUGCGAGCUGGAGACUUGGCACUCUUCCAGCCAGGCGCGAAUCGAGAUCCCGGGACAGUACGCCAGCUGUGACGGAGAGCCCAGACCGGACCUCCACGCGAAGCUGCUCCGCUUCCACUCGACCGUGUCGGUGCUUCACCGGCAUGGCUUCUCUCAGAGGCGGCUGAGCAUGCUGGGCAGUGACGGUCGCCGGUACUUCUUCCUCGUGCAGUUCGCGAUCCCGCACGUGACGAGGACGGACGAGAGAGUGAUGCAAGUGCACUCGAUGCUGCGGAAGUUCUUGGAGAGGGACCCGCAGACCAGGGGGCGAGACCUUGCGGUGCAAGUCCCCGUCGUCGUACCGAUCACUCCUCGCAUGCGACUGAUGGAAGACCACGAGGCUUUCGUGUCCCUGGGAGAGAUCUACGAGGCCGAUCGACACCGCCAGGGGCUGGACCCGGAUGCGCCUUUAAUGCUGUGCCGUGAGCGGGUCAGCGCCGCGGUGGCCGGUGCCGCCGACAAGGAGGCUGGUAAGAAGGCCGAGAGCGAAGAGAGGCUCAAGGUCUUCAACGAGAUCUGCAGCAAGGACGUCUCCGCGGACAUACUCACGCGCUACGUACACGGAGUCGUGAAGGACGCGGAGGCGGUGUGGGCUUUCCGCCGCCACUUCGCCGCGCAAGCGGGUAUCUCGUCCCUGCUGUGUCACAUCUUCACCUGCGGGGAGCGUUUCCCACACAGAAUCAUCUUCGACAAGCGGACGGCGAGGGUGGUCAGCUGGGAGUUCCGCCCAGGGUACACCCACGCUGGGCUGCUGGAGCAAGCGGAAGACGUCCCGUUCCGGCUGACGAGGAACAUGUCGACGCUCAUGUCGCCCAUGCUGGUGGAGGGCGUUCUCGCUUUGACCAUGGUGUCGAUGAGCGGCGCCCUGAUGGCCAAGAAGGAGGUCCUAGAACCGUUCCUGGCGCUGAUCCUCAGGGACGAUCUUCUUUCGUGGCACGUCAGCAAGGCGCCGGUCAACAGGACAGAAGAGCAGCAGAAAGCGGUGGACGUGCAGCUGAAAGAACGCAUCGGGAUGAACGUGACGAAGGUGAUGAGCCGCCUCGACAAGCUCAAGCCCAGGGUACGCAACAACGCUCACGGGCAGCCCAUGCCCGUGGACAGAGCCGUGCACGACCUCAUCGCCGCGGCGCAGAGCGAGUCCAACCUCGCCAAGAUGAGCCCCACCUUCCUGAGCUUCGUUUAG